AUGCCAUGUUAUGCAGAUACAAUUGUAAGAAUUAAGUACGUGAAGCAGUAUGAAAAGGAUAAUAAUUUGUCAGUUGUUUGGGCUCUCAGUGCAUACCCUGUUGAAAGAGAAGAUUAUAAUAUCGAGAUGACUUUAUUUGUGUCGAAUGAUUUGAAUGAUAGAGAUUUUGAGACUCAGGCUAUUUUCGAAAAGGAUAAUUUUUAUUCAGUUGGAGGCAAGAUCGUAUCUGGGUAUUAUGAAGGGAAGAAAAAAGCAAUGAUGACUGUUUCAAUAUCUACUCAUAUGACGAUUCUUAAUAAAGUUAUGGCAUCUAAUAAGUGUCCUUUAAAGGUGUCUUUAAUUAGAAUUCCUCAAGAGAUACCAAGGGAGCCUAAGGAUGGUGAAAACUCUGUUAUUCAGACAUCGCGUUCAGCCUUACGAAUCAUUAAUUUUUGUGGAGAACAAUUAGAAAUUAUUGAUAAUGAUUUUUAUGUAUAUGCUAGAGAUAUUAAUUAUAUUAAUGCAUGUUUUAUUAAUAAAAAGAAAUCUUCUGAUUCUAAUUUAUCUCAGGUUUCUUCUUCUCAAAGUAUAAUUUGUUCUAAGCUUUUGGUUACUCAUCAAAAUACUGUUGAAGAUUCGAAAGAAAAAAUUGCGAAUGAACUACCAGCUUCAAUAGAUUCAAAUGAUAAUAUUAACAAUAAGUCUGAAUCUCAUUUAGCUGAUAGUUUUUAUUUGUCAAAAUAUGCACGAAUCGAAGAUGUUGGUGAAACUAAUGAAAGUUGUUUAGAAGUUGGUGAAGAGUCUGUGAAGGAUAAUAGAAGUCAAAAGAAAAUAUUGUAUAGUCAUGAAAGAGAAAGGGAUGUUCGAGUUAUUCCUUAUGUA